AUGGGGAAGGGGCUGGAGGGGACGGCGGCCCGCUGCGGGCUGGGACUGGGAUACCUGCUGCAGACCGUGGUGCUCCCCGCCCUGGCCGUCCUGGGGGCCAGCCGCCCCGGCUCCGCGGCGCAAGAUGAUGAUUUUUUUCAUGAACUUCCAGAAACUUUUCCAUCUGAUCCUCCAGAACCAUUGCCCCACUUCCUCAUCGAACCCGAAGAGGCUUACAUUGUGAAGAACAAGCCCGUGAAUCUGUACUGCAAAGCGAGCCCAGCCACACAGAUCUAUUUUAAGUGCAACAGCGAAUGGGUUCAUCAGAAGGACCACGUGGUGGAUGAGAGAGUAGACGAAACCUCUGGUCUGAUUGUCCGAGAGGUAAGCAUUGAGAUUUCCCGCCAGCAAGUCGAGGAGCUCUUUGGGCCCGAAGAUUACUGGUGCCAGUGCGUUGCCUGGAGCUCUGCAGGCACCACCAAGAGCCGGAAAGCCUACGUCCGCAUUGCAUAUCUCCGGAAAACUUUCGAGCAGGAGCCCUUGGGGAAAGAAGUGUCCCUGGAGCAAGAGGUCCUGCUCCAGUGCCGUCCCCCUGAAGGCAUUCCAGUAGCUGAGGUGGAGUGGCUGAAGAACGAAGAGGUGAUUGAUCCAGUGGAAGACAGAAAUUUUUACAUCACCAUUGAUCACAACCUGAUCAUUAAGCAAGCCCGGCUUUCUGACACAGCCAAUUACACUUGUGUUGCCAAAAACAUUGUGGCCAAAAGGAGAAGCACCACAGCGACUGUGAUUGUCUAUGUGAACGGAGGCUGGUCUACCUGGACUGAGUGGUCAGUGUGUAACAGCCGAUGUGGGAGAGGCUUUCAGAAGCGUACGAGGACCUGCACCAAUCCUGCACCACUCAACGGUGGUGCCUUCUGCGAGGGCCAGAGUGUUCAGAAAAUAGCUUGCACCACGCUGUGUCCAGUGGAUGGCAAGUGGACGUCCUGGAGCAAGUGGUCCACCUGCGGCACGGAGUGCACCCACUGGCGCCGGAGGGAGUGCACAGCCCCGGCGCCGAAGAACGGGGGGAAGGACUGCGAGGGGCUGGUGCUGCAGUCCAAGAACUGCACCGACGGGCUCUGCAUGCAGGCUGCUCCUGACUCAGAUGAUGUCGCGCUCUACGUCGGGAUCGUCAUAGCUGUGAUCGUGUGCCUCGCCAUUUCCGUGGUUGUGGCCCUGUUUGUCUAUCGCAAGAACCACCGUGACUUUGAGUCAGAUAUUAUCGACUCCUCGGCGCUAAAUGGGGGAUUUCAGCCUGUUAACAUCAAGGCUGCAAGGCAAGACCUCCUGGCGGCACCACCAGACCUCACUUCUGCUGCAGCCAUGUACAGGGGUCCUGUUUACGCCUUGCAUGACGUCUCUGAUAAAAUCCCAAUGACCAAUUCUCCGAUCCUGGACCCGCUGCCCAACCUGAAAAUCAAGGUUUAUAACACCUCUGGCGCAGUUACUCCCCAGGAUGACCUCUCUGACUUCUCCUCCAAGCUGUCCCCGCAGAUUACACAGUCUCUGCUGGAGAACGAGACCCUGAACAUGAAAAACCAGAGCCUUGCUCGGCAAACAGACCCCUCGUGCACUGCAUUUGGGACCUUCAACUCUUUAGGAGGUCACCUAGUAAUUCCCAAUUCAGGAGUAAGCUUGCUGAUCCCAGCGGGGGCCGUCCCACAAGGGAGAGUCUAUGAAAUGUAUGUGACAGUUCACAGGAAGGAGAACAUGAGGCCGCCUGUAGAAGACAGCCAAACGCUGCUGACGCCGGUGGUGAGCUGCGGCCCGCCAGGAGCACUGCUAACCCGGCCCGUCAUUUUAACCAUGCACCACUGCGCGGAACCGAACACGGAGGACUGGCAGAUCCAGCUGAAGCACCAGGCUGCCCAGGGGCCGUGGGAGGAUGUGGUGGUCGUCGGGGAGGAAAACUUCACCACUCCGUGCUAUAUCCAGCUGGACCCAGAGGCCUGCCAUAUCCUGACAGAAACCCUCAGCACGUAUGCCUUGGUGGGACAGUCAAUCACCAAAGCAGCAGCAAAACGUCUCAAACUGGCCAUCUUCGGACCGCUGUCCUGCUCUUCGCUGGAGUACAGCAUCCGGGUCUACUGCCUCGAUGACACGCAGGAUGCACUUAAGGAGGUCCUCCAGCUUGAGCGGCAGAUGGGCGGGCAGCUUUUGGAGGAACCCAAAGCUUUGCAUUUUAAGGGAAGCACCCACAACCUCCGCCUGUCCAUUCAUGACAUUGCCCACUCUCUCUGGAAGAGCAAACUGCUGGCUAAAUACCAGGAGAUUCCUUUUUACCACAUCUGGAGUGGAUGCCAGAGGAACCUGCACUGCACCUUCACACUGGAAAGGUUCAGCCUGAAUACCCUGGAGCUGGUAUGCAAACUCUGCGUGCGGCAGGUUGAAGGAGAAGGGCAGAUCUUCCAGCUCAACUGCUCCGUCUCAGAGGAACCUGCUGGCAUUGAUUAUCCUCCUAUGGACUCGGCAGGCACCAUCACCACCAUAGUAGGGCCCAGUGCUUUCAGCAUUCCCCUCCCGAUAAGGCAGAAGCUGUGCAGCAGCCUGGAUGCACCCCAGACCAGGGGCCACGACUGGCGGAUGCUGGCCCACAAGCUGAAACUGGACAGGUACCUAAAUUAUUUUGCUACGAAAUCGAGUCCCACCGGGGUGAUCCUGGAUCUCUGGGAAGCCCAGAAUUUCCCUGACGGCAACCUGAGCAUGCUGGCGGCAGUUCUUGAAGAAAUGGGAAGACACGAAACCGUUGUUUCUUUGGCAGCAGAAGGAAAUUACUGA